AUGGGCGUAAGAGGAGAUUCUGGACAUCAAAGAGCGAAACCAGUACCUACAGCUGAGCAACUGCGGUUCGCACAGCUUAAUUUGGAAGGCAAAUCGACUGAUGAUGAUCCUAAAUAUAUCCAAAAGCUCAUUAAAGAGGUGAUCGAAACAACCCGAUGCUCACAAGCGCAAGCUGAACUUGCGUUGUAUGAUAAUGAUAAUGAUCUCGCCGCCGCUGUUGAUUACAUAUUGGAACAUGCUUCUGAAGUUGAAAGUUGGACCGAACAGAAGAGUAAGAGAGAAAAGAAGAAAGAGGAGGAAGAAAGAAGACCAACACGUGGCUAUUCCUCUAACAGAGGACGUGGUGGUUUCACAGAACGAGGAGGAAGAGGGCGUAGCUCAGGUGGACCAUCUGCAGCUACUAAGACUGCCUUCAGCACAUCACAAAGAGGAAGAGGAGGAUCUCGGCAACAAAACUCUCGAACCGAUCAAACACAAGCUAAUAAGCCAAUGGAAACAUUCAAUGCAGAAGAAAAUAAGAGUGGUCCCAUGGAGUUCAAAAGAUCAGCAGAACAUGCAUCCGCAGAGCAGACUCCCAGCAGUUCACAAGCUGCUCCUUCGUCUGUUGCACCUGUACCCACAACCGCGGCUGGACCAAUUUCUUUUGCUGCUGUAGCUGCUGCUGCUGCUAGAAAAGAUCAACAGAAACAACAGACUCCCACGCAACUUGCUCAGCCAGUACCAUCAUCAGCAUGCUUUGAUGAAUCAGCAUCUACGAGUGUGCGGAAUGAAGUUCAAGCUGAAGAAAGCUAUCAUUCAGAGCCAGCUCUUGCUGCGGAAGAAGAGCAUGAGACUACUGUGGAAUCAGAAAAUGUGAGCUCCGUUAAUGUUUCAUCCACGGCUAUACAGACCAAUACAUCAUGGACGAAUCAAUUGAAGAAUGAGUUAGGUAUAGGCCUAACGCCUUCAGAAUCACCUCUACGUCAGCAGAAUCAGUUUUCUAGUCCAGUAUCAUACGCUCCAGCUGGCGUUGAAUUUGCUCCUGAAGCAGCAUCCACAAGGCUUGUUGAUUACCAGUUUGGUUUUGUUGAUGUGAGCAACUCCGCUUCUGAUAUUCCGGCACCUCCGGUUCCUUCAGCUCCAACAGAGUCUCCCUUCAACCCAACCAGACAUGGCUCUUCUAACGUUGCACAGAAAGCAGUAGAGCCUGAGAGAUUAUCUAACAACGAGUAUUCUAUUAAGAAUACUUCUCCUACUGCUCCAUACGGUCAAUCAACAUCACGUUCCUUGGGUUUUGGAGACGCUUCAUCUGUUUCAUAUAACCCUUCGCUUUCUGAUCGUGUAUCUACGUCAAAACCCUCUCAUGUACCACCUCCACAACAGCAGAAUCAACCUCUACAGCAGCAAGCGCAAACACCACAGCAGCACCAAAUGUUCCCUCAUCCUUAUACAUUCAACUAUAUGUACAAUGGUGUUAGAGCGGAUGACCCAUACUCUGCUGCGUUACUGCAGUAUCCUCUGGCUGGAAUGGGUGUUGACUUCUCUUCCAUUUUACCGGUUACGAAUACUCUAUCUCAGUCUGGAAACGGACAACAGCUUCAAGGCAAUCAGCACAGAUCAGAUUCUCAUUCCAUGGACGGCAUAAAGUAUCAAUCUCAGAGUAGUCGUGAACAGAGUCAACAAGGCUCCAACGUUGCUCCUCCGCCAGGGUUCGCCAACCCAUCUUAUAUGAAUCAACCACCACUAUCAUCAUUAUUCAUGCAGCAGUACACUCCAAUGCAAUUCUCUUACAUGAUGCCCAAUGUUGGUAAUGCUGGAAGACAAAUGUACCAGGAGGAGGAUCGCAAAUCUUACGAUAAGAUGUCAGGAGCAAAACAAGCUCAGGCUACUCCACCACCCCAUCAUUACAAUCAUAAUGGAGGUAAUUACAUGAAUAUUAACAAGAAGCAGUAUAACUGGAACAACUAA